AUGGCCGGCUCCGAUGAAGACACGCAGUCUCCCUUUGCCCCGCUACUGGCCGAUCUGGCUCGUAUGCGAAGAGCCAAUCUGAAGACUGCCAUCGACGACGUGGACAAGAUCCUUGACCUCUUGACCAAGGCGCGGGAGCAGGUCGCCGGAGAUGUCGACGCCCAUAGGAUCGGCAUGACAAUGACUGCUCUCCAAAACCCAGUCAAGGCCCAGCUCGAGGACAUCAACAGCGACUUAAAGGACGUGACCAGGGCCCAGAAGGGCUAUGGCAAGGCCCUCGACAAGGCAUUCCCCCAGCGAGAGCUCCCCAUGGAGACGGACGCAAUGGCAGAUCACCCCGCGCUCAUCAACCGCGCCCUGGCCAUGCACCUCCUGCGCGAGGGCCAGUUCUCGGUCGCCUCGACCUUUCUCCACGAAGACGGCGACGACGAGAUGAAGAGGGACGACGACGAAGACGACGCGGACGAUGACGCGGACGACGACGGCGACUCGGCCAUGCAGAACCUCUCCGAGGAUUUGCAAGACAGAUUCUCAGAAAUGUACGGCAUCCUCGCCCAGCUCAAGCAGCGCAACCUCACGCCGGCCAUAGAGUGGGCGCGCGUCAACAAUAUCCGCCUCGAGGCAAAGGGCAGCAACCUCGAGUUUGAGCUGUGCAAGCUGCAGUACAUCUGGCUCUUCAAGGGUCACGCCGCAAACGGCCUGCCCGACGACGAGAGCAACGGGCAGCGGGGCGCGCGCGCCUACGCCCACCGGCACCUGUCGCGCUUCCAGUCGCGCCACCUGCACGAGAUCCAGCAGCUCGCCUGCGCCCUCAUCUACAUCUCCAACCUCGAGGCGUCGCCCUACCGCCAAGUCUUCGAGAUCAACUCGGCCUUUGACGACGUGGCCGUCUCCUUCACCCGCGAGUUCUGCUCCCUGCUCGGCCUCUCCGCCGAGUCGCCCAUGUACGUGGCCGUCACCGCCGGCUCCAUCGCCCUGCCCCGCCUCAUCAAGUACACGACGUACAUGCGCGAGAAGAAGACGGAGUGGACGACGGAGAACGAGCUGGCCUUCGAGACGCCCCUGCCCGAGUCCAUGAUCUACCAUCCCAUCUUCGUCUGCCCCGUCAGCAAGGAGCAGACGACGGAGCAGAACCCGGCCAUGAUGCUGCCCUGCGGCCACGUCGUCUGCCGCGACAGCCUGCACCGCAUCGCAAAGGGCUCGCGCUACAAGUGUCCCUACUGCCCGACCGAAGGACACAUGAAGGACGCAAUGAAGAUUACCUUUUGA